AUGGGAGAGGACGGGGCUCCGCGCGAGCCGCAGAUCGUGCUCUCGGGCACGGAGAAGGCCUUCACGUACGACUUCGUCUUCGACGCCAGCCACAGCCAGCUGACGCUGUACGAGACGGCCGUCAAGGACAUGCUGGCCAACCUCUUCGAAGGCUAUAACGUCACCAUCCUGGCGUACGGCCAGACGGGCUCGGGCAAGACCUACACCAUGGGCACCGUGUACUCGUCGGCUGACGGCAUGACCGACCAGACGGGCGUCAUCCCACGGGCCAUGACCGACCUGUUCGCCCACAUCGCCGAGCGCGACGACUGCGACUUCCUCGUGCGCGUCUCCUUCCUGGAGAUCUACAAGGAGCAGCUGUUCGACCUGCUGUCGCCGCGCGAGCGGGCCGACAGCCAGGUGGACAUCCGGGAGGACGGCAAGGGCGUCAAGGUGACCGGCCUCACCGAGGUGCCCGUCUCUGACGUCACGCAGACGAUCGCCUGCCUCGAACGGGGCGGUCUCUGCCGCGUCACCGGCGCCACGGCCAUGAACAUGCGCUCGUCACGCAGCCACGCCAUCUUCACCGUGACCCUGGAGCAGCGGGCGCGCGCCUCCGGCCAGCUCACCAUGGCCAAGCUACACCUGGUCGACCUGGCCGGCUCGGAGCGCGCCAAGAAGACGCAGGCCACCGGCGACCGCUUCAAGGAGGGUGUCAACAUCAACCGCGGCCUUCUCAGUCUCGGCAACGUCAUCUCGGCACUGGGCGAGAACAAGGCGCCCAAGCACGUGCCGUACCGCGACAGCAAGCUGACGCGCAUGCUGCAGAGCUCGCUGGGCGGCAACUCUCACACGCUGAUGAUCGCCUGCACCUCGCCGGCCGACUCCAACCUGGAGGAGACGGUCAGCACGCUGCGCUACGCCGACCGCGCGCGCAAGAUCAAGAACAAGCCGGUGGUGAACCGCGGAGACAGCGGCGAGCUGGCCAGGCUCCGGCAGCAGGUGCAGGAGCUGCAGGUGCGCCUGAUGGACGUGCAGGGCGGCGGGCCGGCGGCGGCGCCCGGCUCGCCGGUCGGCCCGGCCGCGCUCGUCACGCAGAACCGACGCCUCAUGGACGAGAACCGCCGGCUGAUGCGCGACCUGCAGGCGGCGAUCGAUGAGAACACGGUGAUGUCGGAGAAGGCGCUGCUGGCGGAGCGGGCGGCCGAGCAGCUGAAGCGGCGGCUGGAGGAGCUGUACCAGCAGACGGGCGACACCAUGUCGCUGAUGAACCAGACGGCCGACCCGGCCUCGGUCACGCUCGUGCGGGACCUCCAGGGCCGCAUCAUGGAGCUGCAGAGCGAGCAGACGAGCCACGAGGAGGAGCUGCGCCGGGUGGACGCCUCGCGCCACGUGACGCACGCCGAGCUGGCGUCGGCCGCGCCGACCGCCGCCGACGACGGCGACGCGGACGAGUCGGACGAGGACGAGGAGGAGCUGCUCAAGCGGCACGCGCUACGCCAGGCCGAGCUCAACAACGAGCUGCUGGACCUGAACAGAGCGCUCGCCAUCAAGCAGAACCUCGCCUCGGAGAUGGUCAACAGUAACGCGCAGAUGCUGAGCGUGCGCCAGCGGUACGAGCAGACGACGCGCGAGCUGGAGGAGCAAGUGCUGACGCUGAGCGCCGAGAAGCAGCGGCUGGAAGACGCGCUGCAGGGCGCGCGGGCCGAGGCGGCCGGCUCCAAGGCGGCCGAGCAGAAGCGUCAGCGCGUCAAAGAGCUGGAGCAGCGCAUCAAGGAGCUGCA